AACUUUUGACAAGAAUGUGUGAUGAUACGUCUAAAUGGAUUUAGAUGGAUAUUACGCGUGAAUUAAAACAUGACUGACGUAUUUCGCGCGAUUGACGCAGCAAUUGAUGAUACCGAGGAAGGCGUUUUCUCUUUUCCCCUCUUCAUUUCUAUCAUGAUAAGAUCCGCGCUUAUACCCGUCCAUAUUUAUGUUUUACGUCUCGUCCGACGGAGCCAUUCGUUUGUACGCUGUCCUCACGUCGCGAUGGAAUUAUUUUCGUUCUUAUUUUCGUCGCCCUUUGGAUUGUUACUGACCACUCUAAUUAUUAUCGGUGUGUUGAAAUUUAUCGCACUGGUGCAUCAUGCAUACUUUUACUGGAGAGGUAAAGGUGUUCCUUAUCUGCCUGAUUCAUUAUGGUCUCUUAUAAUGGGUUGGAAAUUACUUCUGCGCCGUUUAAGUUUUGUCGACCAUAGUCUUUUUUUAUACAAUUACAUCCCGGACGCUAAGUAUCUUGGAAUGAUGGAAUUUGGCACACCUGCCGUGCUUCUGCGCGAUCCUGAAUUGAUCAAGGAUGUGUUGGUAAAGGACUUCGAAAUUUUCCACGAUCAUCGCAGCUUCGUGGACGAAAGUCUGGACCCGCUAUUCAGUAAGAACAUCUUCUCCUUACGCGGAGAUCGCUGGAGGGAAAUGAGAAACACGUUAAGUCCCUCUUUCACCGCUAGCAAGAUGAAGAUUAUGUUCGAUUUAAUAUCAAAAUGUUCUCAUGAAUUCGUCAAUUACCUGGUCGAUCAUCCGGAACUCUAUAAUGCGAUUGAGACGAAGCAGAUCUUCAGACGGUACACUACUGAUGUAAUCGCCACAACGGCUUUUGGCAUAAGCGUAAAUUCUAUGAAAAAUCAAGAUAACGAGUUCUAUAUGAGGGGAAUAGAGACCAGCAAGGCUUUUACCGGAUUCUUAACUAUGUUCAAGUUCAUGUUUAUGCUUGCAUUCCCGCGUUUUGCCAAGUUGUUCGGUAUGACGGGAUUCAGCUCAACGUCUACGGCCGAGUUUUUCAAGAGGAUUGUUGGAGAGACUAUAAAAAUUCGAGAUGAGCAAGGUAUCGUCAGGCCGGAUAUGAUUCACUUAUUAAUGCAGGCUCGGGAUAAGAACGGUCCUAGCGUCCAUAAAAUGACAUUAGAUGACAUCGUUUCGCAAGUCUUCAUCUUUUUCUUAGCCGGUUUUGAAACAUCCUCGACACUGAUGUGUUUUGUCGCUCACGAGCUGGCGGUUAAUCGAAACAUUCAAGAUCGCGUGCGCGAGGAAGUGCAGCAGCAUCUUGCCGAAAAUAAUGAGGUUUCGUACGAAUCGCUAUCGAAGAUGACUUAUAUGGACAUGGUGAUUAACGAGACGCUCCGAAAAUAUCCACCAUCGGCUGUUACCGAUAGACUUUGCACUACGAAUUACGAGCUGCCUCCGGCGCAGCCGGGUUGCAAGAGCGUAAUCGUCGAAUCUGGUAGUGUAAUGGUAAUAUCCAUUUAUGGUUUACAUCGUGAUCCCAAAUACUUUCCGAAUCCGGACAAGUUUGAUCCCGAAAGAUUCAGCGAAGAAAACAAAGACAAUAUUGUUCCGUAUACUUACUUACCUUUUGGACAUGGGCCUAGAAAAUGUAUUGGUAAUCGAUUUGCUCUCAUGGAGACCAAGAUUCUGAUAGCUCAUCUCUUGCAAAAAUUUAUCUUGAAGAAAACGGAAAAAACUGUCGAGCCUGUUGUAUACGAUAAGAGGGAUUUCAAUCUGACACCUGAAGGCGGAUUCUGGAUCGGUUUGGAGAAAAGAAAAACAUGAUGAGCUUAAGCACGAAAUACAUUUCUGAAGAUGGUUGAAGUCUAGGAUUUAUCUACGACACAUCAUCAUUAUGCCAUUUGAAUAUUAUAUUAAUUCAAUAUUAUAUAUUUUAUUGUUGUAUUUUUAUUGCGUUAUAAAAUUAUUACUGUUAAGGAAUGACAAAGUGAAAUAUUAUGAUGAGCACUGUGUGUCGUGACCUUGUAGGCUCUCGACUCUACUUGCUCAUAUUAAUAGUUUUCGAUUUACGUAACUCGUAUUUGUGUCAGCAAAUAGCAUGAUAGAGACGUUCUAGUAAAGAUGAUAUAAAUGUUUAUUCUUUAUAUAAGAAGAAAUCUUUUAUCACUGCAUAACUAUAUUUUAUAUGUUAUUAGUUUGGACAUUAUCUUUUGUUUUUCUUUUCUUAUAUUAACUCGGAUUGUGUCUUUUGUAAUUUGUAAAAUUAAACAUUCUAUUUGACAUUUUUUUAAAUUGAUAUGAUAAUGUAGUUAACGGCUUUCGGGAUGUCUUUAGAAACAUUAUAAAAAUAGGUAACGGUUUUAGAUAUUUUGUAUUAUCAGAAUUUCUAAAGUACAACAAAAUCGAAAAAAUCAUUAUUUUAACAAAAUUUUGUAACUAUUGAUGAUGAUAAUAACAAUAAAGUAUUGAUAGACGUUUACAAUAGAUAAUGAAAACGUUAUUUUGUUGGAUUGCCGUUGUGCGAGAAUGAUAAGAUAAUGAGAAUAAGUUAAACCAAAAGUAAAAAUAUGUUGCAACAAUAUUCAAAUUUAGAAACCAAACGCUUAAAUGUAAUUUAUUUUGUGAUGAUAUAUCAAAUUUAUAUAUGCGUGUGUGUAUAUUUUAUUUUCUCUUUUCCAUUUUUCAUUAUUUUUAUUAACUACUUAUAAACACGUUGAUGUACUUUGUUUUUAACCCCAAUUUUUUAUUACCAAUUUUCUUUAUCCGUUAAGAAAGUAAAUUAACUAAGUUAAAUUUUUUUAUUAAAAUUAGGCAAGUUUUGUUACGAGCGUUUUAACUUGAUUUUAUAUUUAUUAACUUAGAGAAAUCGGCUUCAAAAAUUAGUUAAUGUUCAUAUUUGUAGUCUAAAUAAUACUCGAAAUAAUGUUUAACGUUUAGUUUCCUUUAUUUUUGCUAAUUGGUGAUGUUUUUCCAACGUUUUAGAUUGUAUGUUGUCAGAAAUUUGUACUCUAAAGCUUACUUUAGAUAAUCUAUAAUCUGCGAUAGAAAUCGGGACAGAAUUCUAUUUAUAAUUUUACUUAUUAUAUAUAUCAUACAUUUGAAGAAGUAAAAUAUAUAUGUAUAUAAAAAUAUACAUUAGGACAUGUGGCACAUAAAAUUAUAACAUUUUGUCUUGAAUUUUGUGACGAAUUAUAAAGCGGAUAAAGCGUAUAAAGCG